UUUAAGGCUCGCGAGGCGAUUGAAACGCUCAGGUCUGUACAUUGUGAAAAACAUGCCUCUGUUCGGAAAGUCUCAAAAGAGUCCGGCGGAGGUGGUGAAAGCUCUUAAGGAGGCAGUAAAUGCAUUGGAGCGUGGUGAUAAGAAGGUAGAAAAGGCUCAAGAAGAUGUCAGUAAAAAUUUGGUACAUAUAAAAAAUAUGCUGUAUGGAACAGCAGAAACAGAGCCUCAGGCAGAUAUCGUUGUUGCCCAAUUGGCCCAAGAAUUGUAUAAUAGUAAUUUGUUGCUUUUACUUGUGCAAAAUCUUAGUCGUAUAGAUUGAACCAGAUCUCCAACAGUAGAAUACAUAUGUACUAAACCAGAAAUAUUAUUUACCCUUAUGUCUGGGUAUGAACACCAAGACAUUGCUUUAAACUGUGGCACUAUGUUAAGAGAGUGUGCAAGAUAUGAGGCCUUGGCAAAAAUCAUGAUCUAUUCGGACGACUUUUACAAUUUUUUCAGAUACGUUGAAGUGUCUACUUUCGACAUAGCUUCUGACGCGUUUUCUACGUUCAAAGAAUUACUUACCAGGCAUAAAAUACUGAGCGCUGAAUUUUUAGAAAUUAAUUACGAUAAAGUUUUCUCUCAUUAUCAAAGGUUAUUGAAUUCAGAAAACUAUGUUACGCGACGACAGAGUUUGAAACUGCUAGGGGAACUUUUACUUGAUAGACACAAUUUUACCGUAAUGACACGAUAUAUUUCAAAUCCCGAUAAUCUGAAAUUAAUGAUGAAUAUGCUCAAAGAAAAGUCACGUAAUAUUCAAUUUGAAGCGUUUCAUGUUUUUAAGGUGUUUGUGGCGAAUCCAAAUAAACCGAAACCGAUUCUAGACAUAUUAUUGCGCAACCAGGAAAAAUUAAUCGAAUUCCUAACGCGCUUCCACACUGAUCGUUCCGAAGACGAACAGUUCAACGAUGAGAAGGCGUACCUUAUUAAGCAGAUUAAAGAACUUAAGUCUGUACAUGAAAAUUAAGUCCAAAAUACAAGUUAUUGCUACAGCUACCGUUAACUACUACUAUUGAAGUCUAUUCAGCUGCUGUUGCUACUGUUACACCAUCACAGUCACCGAUGUAGCGAACUACCAUUAUUUUCUUCCUAUCUUUCUGUCUUUUACUGUCCCUUUCUUUCACUUGUUAUAGUUAUCGUUGAUCGAUUCAUAAUGACUCGAUUA